AUGAGUUCACGUCGUUCUCGUCCAGUCAAGUUCGGUUGAGUUGAGUCGUGUCAACAGUAUCUUGUAUCGAACGGAAAAAUUCGCAUCGUGAGCCUAAAUGAGAUUAAAAAUCUUACAAAUUCUUUAUAUUUAAAUAAACGGUGGAUUUUGCGGACUAAAAAAGUGUUUGUAAAUUCUGAAGAGUUUGAAUAACGUAGUUAUUCUUCGUACUUUGACACGUUUGACACGUUUAGUAAGAGCAGAAGACAAGACACGUCAAUUUGACGUUACUAUGGACGGUCAGUUAUUGGAACCGACACUUUAUACAGUUAAGGGCAUCGCGAUUCUUGACAACGAUGGAAAUAGAAUUCUCGCCAAGUAUUACGACAAAAAUAAAUUCCCUACGUCCAAGGAACAGAAGGCUUUUGAAAAGACCUUAUUUAGCAAAACUCACAGAGCUAAUACUGAAAUUAUAAUGCACGAUGGGCUGAUUUGCGUGUACAAAAGCAACGUUGAUUUAUUUUUCUAUGUAAUGGGAAGUGCACAUGAGAAUGAGUUGAUCCUGAUGAGCGUGCUAAAUUGCUUAUACGACUCAGUAAGCACCAUUUUGCGGAAAAAUGUUGAAAAAAGGGCCGUUUUGGAUAGUUUAGACAUAAUAAUGUUGGCACUAGAUGAAAUUUGUGACGGAGGGAUUAUUUUGGACGCAGAUGCCACGAGUGUAGUUCAAAGAGUCGCCCUGAGGACAGAUGACAUUCCUUUAGGAGAACAAACCGUCGCCCAGGUCAUUUUUUUGUCUUGCAAUCUGCCAAGGAGCAACUUAAGUGGUCACUCUUGAAAUAAGUUAUGUUGUCUGUACUAUAAUUUUAUAAUUAUAUUCAUCUACAUAGAAGAUAACGCGCUCGACGAGAAAUGUACAUUUAUACAGUCUAUUAAAAUCAUUCCACUAUUAAAAAUGUUUUUAAAAGUA